GUUUGGUCACUCUCUCUGGCGUUUGUGUACUUACGAGCGUCUGGAUUUUUUAAAAACUUCGUCAAUUGUGCUGCGAGUGUUGUGUUUCAUAUUUUGUCUAUGCAGUCAAGUAAUGACUCGCUCUGGAGUUCGGUGAUGUUUCACAAAAUUAAACCUUUGAUUGAAAAGUAGACUGAAUUCAAUCAUUCAAUCACGUGCAGUCGUGGAAUAAUAAAAGCCGACACCUGAGUUUUAAACUGGAUUCGAUCAAACAAGUUUUGUGCCGUCGAUGCGUUUUGUGAUCCGGCAAGUGUUUCCACGGAUUGGAUUGCAUUGUUUCGAAUUUUCUCUCGAUAUGAGUGUUCUUUAAAUCGAAUUUUUAUGGUGCUCAUCUCAGCCGGCCCGCCUUGUCAAAAAAUCAGUGUUGUGUUUAGUUUCGGGCUGCUGUUGUUGUAAACAUGAGCGGACGGCCUCGGCUAAGAAGAGCUGGAACUUUACGUAGAUCUCAUUUUUAUAACAAUAUUCGUCAACAACUGAAUGAGCAGCUGAAAUGUUUAGACGUACGAGUGGAGACUCAAGUGAGUCUUGUCUCAGAGAUUCAAGACUACUUUCGGCGGAGAGCAGAAGUAGAGUUGGAGUACUCCAAAUCUUUAGAGAAGUUGGCUAAAGGCCUUAUGCUGAGGCACAAACAAGAAAAACAAAAGCGAGAACAGUGGCAUUUAUUCUCAUCCUAUGCAUGCUGGCAGCAACUAAUUUCUACCACCCGGAGGCAGAGUAGAGAUCAUGCUGCAAUCAGUGAAAUUUAUGCCAGUACCAUCAUUAAUCGAAUGACCUGUAUCAUGGAAGAUGUUCAGCGGAUUUACAAAAGAUGUCGAGAAGUUGGAAUUGAGAUUCAUGAUGAAUUGUUAAAGGUGCUUCAUGAACUGCAUACUACCAUGAAAACAUACUACACUUAUCACAAUGAAGAAAAGCAAGCUGAAGGAAAAUUAAGCUACGUUGAAGCACAGAAAAAUAAACUAGAACAGUCCAUUCCCAAAGAAAAAUUGCAGCGUUCAAAAAAAUUUAGACUGAUGGAGAAAGAAAUUCAAAAAAGACGGUUAAAGUAUAAUGAUGCGAAACUGAAGGCAUUGAAGGCGAGGAACGAUUAUUUACUUUGCAUGGAUGCUAGUAAUGCAGCCAUACACAAGUACUUUGUUGAUGAUUUGUCAGACAUUAUAGAUUGCAUGGAUUUUGGGUUCCACACAUCUCUUGCUCAUACGCUGAUGGUCUCCAUCAAUGCUGAAGAGUGCCUUAAAAAGUCCCAGCAGGCCAGCAUAGAUGGGAUGAAUAAGUGCAUUACUAAUUUGGACUCGAGAGUUGACAAGCAGCGAUUUCUUGAGUACAACAACUCUGCUUUCAUGGUGCCAAAGAAGUUCGAAUUCCAAGCUCACAAAGGAGAUGAGGUCACCCAAAUCACAGUAGAGAAACCUAUUCAAGAUGAAUUGGAACAAAGAUUUAAAUUAGUCAAUAAUCGCCUUACGUCACUCAAGACUGAAAGUGAAGAGGUUUGGAAAACUUUAGAAACUGCAGAAAAAACAUUAUUGGAAAUGUUAAGCACAAAAGAUUUUGAUUGUACUUUGUUAUUUGAAGAAGAUGCUGCUAAUAGAACCAGUUUAAAGCAGCCAGAAACUGUUGCCUUAAAACGCAGAGCUGAUAAACAAGAAACUGAAGAUUUUUAUUUAAAUAAAUUUUCCGAAUAUAUCAUGACGAACAACUUAAUUUCCCGUCUUCAAGCCAAAUCCGAUCUCAUCAGACGGGGUCUGGGAAUAGAAGGAGAAGAACCAGUGUUGCCUGGAGGUGCCUCUCCUCAUAUUGCCGCUCGUCCUCACAAUUUACCGCAGAGGCUAAGGAAGAAAAGGAUUGGGCGAACGCCGCUAGUGGGACAACCAAAGUUGUUUGGAGGCAGUCUGGAAGAAUAUUUGGAAGCUACAAAUCAAGAAAUUCCUUUAAUUAUACGUAGCUGCAUACGGGUGAUAAAUUUAUAUGGUCUUCACCAUCAAGGCAUAUUUAGAGUGUCUGGCUCCCAGGUGGAGAUCAAUAAUUUCAGGGAAACUUUUGAACGAGGCGAGGAUCCAUUGGCAGAUGUUUCAGAUGCUAGUGAUAUUAACUCAGUCGGAGGUGUUCUGAAACUGUAUUUAAGAGAAUUACGUGAACCUCUAUUUCCUAUAUUUUAUUUUGACCAACUUGUAGACAUAUCUCAAGUUGAAUCAAAGAAAGAAUUCAUCUAUCGAGUUAGAGAAGUUGUGAAUAAUCUACCGAGAACAGUUGUUGUUGUAUUGCGAUAUUUGUUUGCUUUCCUAAAUCAUUUGUCCGAGUUUAGUGAUGAAAACAUGAUGGAUCCAUACAACUUGGCUAUCUGUUUUGGUCCAACCCUUUUACCUAUUCCUGAAGACAAAGAUCAAGUGCAGUAUCAAAAUUUAGUAAAUGAGCUCAUUAAAAAUAUAAUCAUAUAUCAGGAAGAAAUAUUUCCUGAUGAUGGGGGAAUUAUUUACGAAAAAUAUAUCAGUACAAAUGUUCCAGAUGAGAAUGAUGUGGGAGAUUCACCACCAGACCCUGUAUCAGACAUAACAGAUGAUUCUGAGGUGGACACAGUUCAGAGUGAAGAUGAUGCUGUAUUUCCUGAACAAGAAAUAGCCUUCAAUUUAUUUGGCAAAACUGAAGUCAUGGAAGCUGUUGCGCAGUUCGACUUCAAUGCACGUUCUCAGAGGGAACUUUCCUUCAAGAAAGGCGAUACCCUUCUUUUACAAAAUCAAGUAUCCAAUGAUUGGUGGAAAGGUAGCUUUCUGGGAAAAGAGGGCCUUAUUCCAGACAAAUAUAUCCUCUUAAAAAUUAGAGAUGAGGAUAAAGACAAAAGUAGCAUCGACGGAAGCGAAAAGAGAAGAACGAGCAGCAGCAGUGAUUCCUUAUCUGGCAUCAGUCACAGUCCCAAGUCUCUGUCUACCACCGGCGUGCCGGAAGACUGCAGCUCGACCUCAUCCCUGGAUCGAAGGAGUCUGAACAGCCUUCCUCCCCAGACUCCAGAAUGGGAAGGAUCCCAUCCCUUCCAAAUCAGGACUUCCGAUUUACUGCCGGAGGAAUCGGCAAACUCACUCGAAGACCAAACCAUGCAUCUUCCGGAUCCCCCAGACUUGGGUGCCACCAACGAGCCGGUGAGAGAAACAGCAAUCAUCGAAACUCAGACUUUCGAGGACACGGACAGAAGGCCAAAGAAAUCCCGCAAGGAUGCUCCCGAUCUUGUCCUCGAUCUUCCUAUCAAUUUACCUAGUCCAGUCUCAGGGUCGAAGGGAGGCAAGAGCUCUCCCGACGAGAACUCUAUCUUGAGUCCGGUGAGCAACACGGACAGUCCAGAGCUUACUGCCGCGGAGAGGUUUGCCAAAUCUAACCAGUGUACCAUGAAAAAGGGAACUAUGUCCCGUAGCGCGAGUCAUGUCACCGGGCCACAGUCUCUGGAGACACAUACACAUACAUUUCAUCUGGUUAGACGCAGUGCAAGUACGGGAGAUAAUCUAGGACCAGCGUCUCCAGAUCUGUCUUUAGACUCCAAAGAGAAAGCGGCGCAGCGCAAUGCGCAAUCAGAACAAAACUCUUCGCAGCCCACUGCUAACACAGGUCUUCAAAGUGAAACUGUUGAACUCAACUGGGUAAAGAGUGAUAAAGCAGUUAAUGAUGUUCUGAGCAAAGCGGCAGAAUUCGAGGCCAUGGCCGAAAAGAAAGACGCCAAAGCGAUCUCUUCUUUUAAGCCCGCCGUUAAGAGCAAGCCACCUCCAGUCAUGAAGAAGCCCAAUCGUGCGGAAAUCAAAGAACAGGAAGUAUAUCAGCAAACUGCUUGUUAGUCGAAACAAAGACCUAUUUUAUUUCUCAUCACCAGUUCUUCUGCAAUACUGCAUAUUGGCAUCAUUAAGAAAAAAGCACCAUGGAAAAUAAAUACCUUUUUAAGUAGAAAUUUUUAAAUUGUAUAAAGUGAAAGUUUUUACCUUUUGUUUCUUUCUCAUAAAAUCCAUUAACAGAGAUGUAAAAGCAUGAAAAAAUAUUUGUAUCUUCAUGCUACCUACUAAUACUUGGGAAAAAAUUUAUCUGAAUGCAGUACAAUAGCUUGAAUGCAUUUUCUGAAAACAUGUGCACAAAUUAUAGGAUACAAAUUUUAAACAUCAAAUAUCGCUUGAAAUUUGUUUUCCUUCAAAUUGUAAUUUUAAAAAUAUCAUUUUUUUUUUUGAAAUAGACACUAAUGAUUCUGUCUUAUUUUAAGAAAUCAGAAAUCUGUUAAUCUUUCUAUUACAACUCUUAAGAAGUUCCUAUUCCUGCAUAAUGAUUUAUGAGUAGGAAAAAAAAUGUGAGUAAAGUUUUUUAUGAUUAUAAAUUAAUUUUAAUUGCAUUUUAAUGGGAAAUUCAUUUUGUUAUUUAUAUUUUUUCCCAUGAACGAAAAUGUGUGCAAAGUACUAUUAUCAGUAGUAUAUUAAAAUAUUAUUGUAACUUUACAAUGAAAUGAAAAUGCACAAUGAAAGUGUCUGUCAUUUAUAAAUGAAAUUUGCUAAAAUAAUUUGUUAGGUGUUGUUAUAGAGUUGAAUAUGUAUAUUUUGUAUUGCAGCCAUUAUGGUACUUGAAAAUUUUGCGUAUGCAUUUCUUAUUUUAUGAAUAUCAUGUGCAUAUUUUAGACAAAGAUCUACAAUUUUAAAGGUUAUUGAAGUAUAUUUGCAUGAAGAGGUAAUGUAUUUAUACACAAGGUAUUUAGGUCCGUGCGAUGUUUGUACGCUGUUUUUACGAUGAAGUUUUAAUAAGGAGUCAGUUUAUAAGAAUCAAGACAAUGGUUAGCUGUUGUGUACUUGGAUUCCAAUGUUAACUUAUAUGAUAUUUAUGGUUUUCUGUUACUUUUAAAAUCAGCCGGUAAGCAAGAUCAACGACCUUUUUACGAGAAAUGUGAUUGUAAAUCUUCUAGUUUCAUUUUGUGAUCAUUUCAGUAUCAGCAAUCAAGUUGAUGUGAACUUUCAUUAAGUUGCAAUUAUUUAGAAAUACUACUGCAUCCGAGCAGUAUACAGUAUUUUUAAUUGAGUAGAACUGUGCAUUUGUGUACUUCUGAAUGGAAAUUCCAAUGGCGAAACUGAAUUUGUUUUUCAGUCAUUGCUGGCUUUGCUUUUGAUGUCUUAAAUUGUAUAUCUGUUUGAAUCAUUAGAGUAUUAAAAUUAAAAAAGAAAAUAUGUUCUCAAUUGUUCCUAACGUUCAAAGUAUAUUCUAAAAUCAUGAACACUUUUGAAACUCUGCAUGAUUUUAUUCCAUGCCUGAGUGAGCAUUAUUGGCUAUUUAUGUUAGCUUGUUUUCCCGGAUAUAUUUCAUCUUCGUGACUUAAACUUUUUUUUGUGUGUGUUGACCUUGUAAUAUAUCUGGAAACUUUGCUAGUUUGUGUAUAGUGAUUAAAAAUAUGUGUUUUAUAUGAAAACGCUCAAGUGUCAGCCUUGUAUUUAGCACAAUAAAUUUUGAAAUUGU